AUGAAGAGAUUUUUUGAUCGUUUCUAUUCUGUGACUGGACUCGUUUCAGACCCCAGUCAACGCAGUGUUGCGAGUCGUGUUACUUCUCUGUUGGUUCAAGGCACUGUAGCGUUUUCACUGCUUGGCACACUUGGAGUGGAUACUUCUCCUCUCGUUGCGGCUGCUGGAGUGACUGGAGCGACUAUUGGUUUUGCAUGUAAAGACUUUGGCUCUAACUUUGUUGCGAGUGUGGCAUUAAGUGGACAGAAAUCACUCCGUACGGGUAAUCGAGUGGCUAUUGGUAGUGGGAGUACAGUUGUGAAGGGUCAAGUGGUGGAUUGGGAUACACGUUAUUUAUAUCUGCGCAGUGCAGAGGGGCAUUUACUACAUAUUCCUAAUAAUAUGGUUCUUAACUCUGUGGUAACGUGGGAAGAUGCUGAGGGUACUCAGAAACAAGAUGUCAAUAGUAAGAAAGUAAGUUCCACUCCUACUCCUUCUGGAAAGGAUGAUGGUAAAAAGUAG